AUGACUUCUCCAAAGUUUCUGUCUCAAAGACCCCAUCCUAGCAGCUGCAGCCUUCCUGUGGAAGUGAAACCUCAGUCAUUCAAUACCAGUUUGGUGCUACGGGAGAGGAAUGGCCCUUUAAGUCUUCAAUCCGAAAGUGACUACCUUGACAGCUUCGAUGGGAGUUUUUGUGACCCAACAGAAACCCUAGAUGACUCCUCUUAUGAAGGGGACAAUGAGGUUCCUGACUUAAAGCUCAUCCGAAAAAUAGUGACCCAAGUGGAGUUCUAUCUGUCUGAUGAAAACCUUUCUCGUGAUGCUUUUCUGCUUAAGCACGUUCAAAAGAAUAAAAUGGGUUAUGUCAGCAUAAAACUACUUACCUCUUUCAAAAAGGUAAAGUACUUGACUAGAGACUGGAGAAAAACCUUGUAUGCACUAAAAUUUUCUGACAUACUGGAGGUCAACGAGGAAGGUACUAAAGUAAGGCGGAAAACACCAAUACCAGACUCUCUUUAUGGACUCCCUCCCACUAAGCUAUUGCUGGCUUGGAAUUUUAUGGUCUCGGAGCAGAAGAACUCCAUGGAAAUUGUAACAUCGCUAUUUGUCCCUUUUGGAGUUAUCUCAUCUGUACGUAUUUUAAAACCAAGCAGGGACAUACCAUGUGAUGUCAAGAAGUAUGUGUCUAGGUAUCCAGAACUGGCCCAAAAGGUCUGUGCUCUAGUAGAAUAUGAGAAUAUGGAAAGUGCCAAAAAGGCUCUUGAAGCACUGAAUGGAAAAUUGUUUUCCACUAAUGAUGAUGAUCUCAAGGUUAUUCCAGUGAAUGGAAGAGGAUCCCACAAGAAGAGUGUCACGGACGCUGAUGAAAUGGAAGACUCUGAUUUACCAGACAAGAAGCACCUCAAGAAACAAAACCGAAUAUUUGAAAGACUACCAUAUAACAGGGAAGAAGCAUCAUUCUGCAGUUCAUCUGAAUCAGAUAGCACUCCUGCUUCUCCAGUCUUAGUGCCUAGAUAUCUCUCUGCACUGUCCUUUUCCAGUCCAGGUGUAUCAUUCAGACCACUGUCUUUCAGUAGCCCGCAUUCUAGCCCUCUGAUGGCUCGUAAGAUCCUGACCCAAACGCAACAUGGCUCUUUCCCCUUAGCAACAGAUCUAGGGAUUGCAGGAUAUCCCAGCCCUGGUACAAGUCCUGAAUUUAGACGUAGGAUUCCAGAGCAAUCAGUGGACAGUGGCAUUGGUUCCCCAAGUCCUUGGGUGCAACGCCGCAGAGCUGCUGCUCAGAAUCUUCGUAUGGAGAACAGGCAGUUGCCAUGCAGUCCUCUAGCAACAAAUAAGACCUCAGUCUCUCUUGGUCUGCCCCAUGGUAUACUCCGAUAUCCACAUGGUCCAGAUGGAAGUAGAGGAUUCCACAACAGCAUUGGGCGUGGGAAACUAGUGCUAAGGCAUUAA